AUUUAAAAGUACGAUCAUAAGGAUCGCAAGCGAUUUAUCGAUCAGUCUCGCGUAACUAGAUCUAGUAACAUUUUUCCACAAGAGUGGACAACCCCGCUACUUGCUGUCGAGUUGUCAUGUUGUAUAAGAUUUGGAGUAGUGAACUGUCAUGUGGACGUGGUGUUCGCAAUCUGUUUAAUAAUUAAUUAAAACGUUUAAAUCAAUUAUUAGUUAUAUAAGUCCAUUAGAACGUAACAACUAGUGAAUAAGCUGAGAAUGCAAUGCCCGCACGUAGACGACGCAUCGGUUCUGAUUUAGACCACGAUUCCACGUAUCCAACCUCAAAUAGUGGUUUUCAAAGUGGUGGCUACGUAAGAAAUAAUUACAAUGAUGAAAAUGCAGCUGCACAGGUAGAUUACUCUGGGAAGCAGCAGGAAACAUUGCCAGUAAUAAUGACGUCGCGCGACAGGACCGUCGAAUUUGCCAAUGCCAUUAGGACGAUGCAAGGCAGGACAGUGGCACGAGCUGCUGUCAUGCGAAAUCCUCGCCAGGCACGGCACAUACAAAGUUACUCAAAUUUUAUGAUGAUUGCUAGGAACAUUGGCAAGAAUAUAGCCAGUACUUAUACCAAGUUGGAAAAACUUGCACUGUUGGCAAAAAAGAAAUCAAUAUUUAAUGACAGACAAGUGGAGAUUGAAGAAUUAACAAAUAUUAUAAAAAGAGAUUUAAGUAGCUUGAAUCAACAAAUAGCCAAACUUCAGGAAUUAGGGAGACAACAGAGAGAAGGUUUUGGUUCCUCACGUGGUAACCACAUUGCAUCGCAUUCUUCAUCUGUAGUUGUGGCCCUGCAAUCAAAGCUUGCAAAUAUGUCGAAUCAUUUUAAGAGUGUGUUGGAAGUACGUUCUGAGAAUAUGAGAGAAGAGCAAAAUAGGAGAGAACAGUUUACACAAGGACAUGUCUCUGCGUCAUUACCACCUAGUGCAGUCUCUGGUAAACAGGGUUCGUUGCUUCUUCAAGAGCAGGACACGUCUACAUCUGUUAGCAUAGAUCUGGAACCAGCUAUGACACAACUUACAGUGCAGCGCGCCGUGUACGAUGAUACGGAUUCAUACGUACAAUCGAGGGCGGAAACGAUGCAAAAUAUAGAAUCUACUAUAGUUGAACUUGGUGGCAUUUUUCAACAAUUAGCACAUAUGGUUAAGGAACAGGAGGAGAUGGUGGAAAGGAUAGACACUAAUAUACAAGAUACCGAGUUGAAUGUGGAAGCGGCACACGCUGAAAUUUUAAAAUACUUUCAAUCCGUAACGAAUAAUCGGUGGUUAAUGAUUAAAAUAUUCGCGGUCCUCAUAUUUUUCUUCAUAUUUUUCGUUGUAUUUUUGGCAUAAAGUUCCAAUCAUCUUUAGGUAUAAAUGUUUAUAAUAUUAUUUCAUUACUCUCCAUCGAUAGCAUGUAAAAUAUAUAUAAUUAUUUUGAACUUUAUUGAGCCGGAUCAAUUUAUUUUUUAUUACAUUUGAGCCUAAUAUAUCUAUGUACUCUUUAUGAUAUUCAUUAAAAUUGUAUAUUAUUACGUUCAUAACAAGCCUUGAAUCGAAAAUCAAGAUACUUUUAAACGUUAUAUAAUUUGAGAAUUGUAUCCAUUGUACAUCUCAGUAUAUGUUGUCGAAUGUGACAACAUUCAAGCAACCACUGCCACAUGCUUGUGGUUAAUAAAUCUGUAAUUUUCAAAAUA